AGUCGUAGUCGUAAGUAUGGAAGUUUGGAUGUAGUGGAAAAUUUGGAUGUGGUCGUGUGCCGAGCCAAUAUCACCAAACUUUUCAGUUACUUCUUAGAGGUUAGUAAUUGCUGAUAGUUGGACUAGUCACCAGUUGUGUCAUGACGUCCAUCAAACCAUUCCAGAUCGAAGAUUUGUUGGAAUUGAAUGCUGUGAAUUUGGAUCCAUUAACAGAAAAUUUUAAUGUUCUGUUUUAUUCUCAGUACUUAAUAGAUUGGCCUACGCUCUUCUUUAAGUCUGUUGAAAUAUAUCAAGACUUUGAUCAACCUUAUGAAAUCAGUGGAUAUAUGAUGGGGAAAGCUGAAGGUAAACUCAGUAAAUUGGAGUGGCAUACGCAUAUAACAGCCGUAACUGUUCAAGAUCAAUAUCGUAGAAUCGGGUUAGCAUCAUAUAUGUGUUUACAAUUAGAACAAUUAACUAAAGGUGAUCCAUAUAAUACAUUAUUUGUGGAUUUAUUUGUAAAAGUUACGAAUUCAUUGGCUCGUCAAUUAUAUGAAAAGUUGGGUUAUUCAGUAUAUCGACGAGUAGUUGGUUAUUAUGGACGAGAACAACCUCUAGAUCGAAAUAAUAUUAAUGAUGAUAUAGAUGCAUUUGAUAUGCGUAAGAGAUUACCGAGAGAUGUAGAUGCGAAGACCAUUAGAGACAACGGAGAUAAGGUGUAUGCGUUACCCAUGGAGAUAGUGUUCUAGCUAGUAUAAUAUAUAAUUAACUAAUAGUAAUACUAGCUAAUUCCCCUAAAUAAUCUAAUCAUUAAGUUGUUACUAAUUAAUCCAGUACCACUUACAAUUCAAUGCAAAUUCCAUCAUCGCCAACUAUCCCCACCUCAAUUCAAUAACAACCUUUAAAUAAUAUCAACACCAUCAUCAUGGAAUCUCUAGAAAGACUUCCAGACGUGAAAGUAUUGCCAGUGUUUCUG